ACCAUACUAGAUACUCAUACUCUUUGUUGCAUAUAAACCCCCAUAUCUUCCAUCAUAAUCACCCAUUCAUCAUCCUAUCUUCCUUCCUUCCUUCCUUCCUCAACGACAAAAUAGGAUUUUACGAAAACAGAGGAUUUCGCAAGAUCUGUUGGCGAAUUAGGGUUUGAAAUUGUGGAAGUUUCUUGAAGAAUUAACAAUGGCGGCGACAUCAGGCAAUUUAAAAGUUUUAAAUGCUCUUGAUGGCGCCAAAACACAGUGGUAUCAUUUCACUGCAAUAGUGAUUGCAGGAAUGGGUUUCUUUACCGACGCCUAUGAUCUGUUUUGUAUCUCUUUAGUGACCAAAAUGCUUGGUCGCAUUUACUACACGAAACUCGACUCGCCCAAGCCCGGAAGCCUACCGCCGAAUGUAUCGGCUAUGGUUAACGGGGUCGCACUCGUUGGGACGCUAGCGGGCCAGUUGUUUUUCGGGUGGCUUGGUGAUAAGCUUGGAAGGAAGAAAGUGUAUGGGAUCACACUUAUGUUGAUGUGUCUAUGUUCCAUCGCUUCGGGUUUGUCGUUUGGGAGCUCGCCCAAGACGGUUAUGACUACGCUUUGUUUCUUUCGGUUUUGGCUCGGGUUUGGGAUUGGGGGAGAUUACCCGCUGUCCGCCACGAUAAUGUCCGAGUACUCGAAUAAGAAAACUCGUGGCGGGUUUAUUGCUGCGGUUUUCGCAAUGCAGGGGUUUGGGAUUUUAGCGGGAGGCGUGUUCGCGAUUAUCAUGUCGUCGGUGUUUAAUUCGCGGUAUGAGGCUCCACCGUAUGAGGUUGAUCCGGUGAAGUCGACGGUUCCCGAAGCGGAUUACGUGUGGCGGAUUAUUCUGAUGGUUGGGGCGGUCCCGGCUCUCAUGACCUUUUACUCGAGGUCUAAGAUGCCAGAAACCGCCCGUUACACUGCCCUGGUGGCGAAAAACGCCACCAAGGCGGCUUCGGAUAUGUCAAAAAUAUUAAAUAUGGAAAUCGAGUCCGAACAACAAAAGGUUGAUGGGAAGUCCAACAACGGUUACGGUCUCUUUAGCCGCGAGUUCUUAAAACGACACGGGCUACACUUGCUUGGAACCACCAGCACUUGGUUUCUACUCGAUAUCGCGUUCUACAGUCAAAAUCUAUUCCAGAAGGACAUAUUCAGUGCAAUAGGUUGGAUCCCACCCGCGAAAACAAUGAAUGCCAUUGAAGAAGUAUACAGAAUCGCGCGAGCACAAACGCUUAUCGCUCUUUGCAGUACUGUUCCUGGAUACUGGUUCACCGUCUUCUUGAUUGAUAGAAUGGGACGAUUCAAGAUUCAACUACUCGGUUUCUCAAUGAUGACAAUCUUUAUGUUCGCGUUAGCAUUCCCUUACAACCACUGGACCCGACCCGAAAACAAUAUAUCGUUCGUGGUGAUGUACUCGUUCACUUUCUUCUUUGCCAAUUUCGGGCCUAACACCACCACUUUCGUGGUCCCAGCAGAGAUCUUCCCGGCUAGAGUUCGGUCUACCUGCCAUGGUAUCUCAGCAGCAUCGGGGAAACUCGGUGCAAUGGUGGGUGCUUUCGGCUUCUUGUAUCUGGCUCAAAAUCAAGAUCCGGCCAAAACAGAUGCGGGUUACCCAGCAGGUAUUGGAGUGAAGAAUUCGCUUAUCGUGUUGGGCGUGAUCAAUUUUUUGGGAACUUUGUGUACUUUCAUGGUGCCUGAAUCGAAAGGGAAGUCACUAGAGGAAAUGACGGGUGAAAACAACGAUUCACAGCCUUAAAUAGAGUCGUAUGUAUCGGACUACAAUUAGUCAGUUCAUCGUUACGAGCUCAUUUAGAUGUUUAAGUAAUAAUGUUGUUAUCGUUUUACUUGGUUUACUUGUAAUGAGCUUAUUCGGAGCUUAUUCGGUUUGUAUGUUUUAAUCUCUGUUGUGUCAAACACAUACAUUUUAAAAACACUUGGCUAAGAAAAAAACAUGUCAAAUGGAUUGAAUGUGACACAAGGAAA